UCUCUCUCCUGGAAACUCUCCCUAGCCCUGUUUCAGGGCGUGCGCCACAAACAGCUUUAAAUAAGCAUCUGUCUGUUUUUGACGCUUACUUUUUACCUAUAUCUCCUCACCCAACAGUUUCUUUUUUUGUUUUGUUGGUAAAGUAUGCUUGUUACCAACAUAUAUCAUAAUUAAGAAAAAAAAAAAAAAGAGAGAGAGGAUUUAUUGAAUCUGAGUUUGAUCCAAGCUUGUUCAAAUCGAAAAUACACUUGGAUUGAUUCAUUAUUCAAUGAUUUAUUAACCUGGAAAAAUCAUUUUAGGGUAUUUUUGUGCCUUUUAGCGGAAAGUUUCUAUAGUUGGAAGAUAUGGCAUCGCAUUUUGAUAGGUGGGAGAAAGAUCCGUUCUUUUCAGCUGCAGAAGAGGUUCAAGAAUCUGCUGACAGAAUGGAAUCAACUUAUAGGACAUGGAUUCAUGCGUUGAAGGAUACUUCUGGUAGUUGGAAUUGUGAUGCCCUUCGAAGGGACCUUAGAACUACCCUUGGCACUGCUAAAUGGCAGUUGGAGGAAUUUGACCGGGCAGUUAGAUCGAGCUACAAUAGUAACUCUGCUGAUGAUGCAAGAGAUAGACAUCACGAAUUUGUUAUUGCAAUCGACAGUCAGAUUAAGAAAGUUGAGAACUCUCUUAAUGAAUCAGCUGUUUCACAAGGCAAACCACCACUUCCGUGGGUGCGUUUGGACGAGGGAGAAGUCAAUGAACUUGCUGCGUUUCUCUCGGGGCCAUCCACCUCUUCUGCAGGCAUAACCCACGCAAAAGUAGAUGGAGUAGAGCUGCAAAAUCAAUCAGUUCUAGAGUGUUCCGAGAAUCCUACUCAUUCGGAGGAUGGUGUUAGAGGUGAGGCGAAGGACGAGAAGUUUCUGGGCCAUCGGAGAACAGCAAGUGCUAGUGCUGACAUUGGUGCAUGGCAGAUUGCAGUUGGCAAUGAUGUUUCCAUCAAAGAACCCGCAUCACCUCCUCGCAGAAUACCUAGUUACCAGGGUUUGUUGAAUGCCAUGGAAUCUGUUAAGGAGUUAAAAUGGUCCAAGAAUGGUUACAGGAAGUUGAAAUUCAACCAAGAAGCUGACAAUACAUUGCCUCGCACUCAGCCACCAACAAGGAGCAUAAACACAUGCUAUGAGAGGAAUAAGAGUUGCCUUGAUGGUUGUGACGAUUGUUAUGAUAAGCAACUCUAUGGUUGGUAUGGUGCCGUUCAGCGCCAGCUGCAAAGGUCUCAGUAUUACAUGCAAUAUCGUCGACCUGUUCGGAUAGUUUUCUCAGUGUUUCUUCUCAUUUUCCUAAUUGCCCUGAAUAGAUAUUCUGCAAUGGAGGGAUCUACUGAAACAAAUAACCUUUUUCUCCUUACGUCAACUCCUUCCAACCAAAAGAAAGAAAAAGAAGCAAAGACAUGCUUUUUUUAGUGGCAGUCCGUACAAUCUGAGUGAUGAACUUUGUUCCUGUAAUUGAUAAGCUUGAAGCGUCGAAACUGUCAGAGAACGGCCUAGUGCAAUCAGUUUUGGUAUUAUACUUUAUAGAGGAAGGGUGUAAAUUACACGUAAUUUUGUUCAGGAUAUGCGAAGGUGGUGCGCAAUUACCUCAACAUACUUUGUAGCAACACCUUAACCUCUUUCCUGGCUCUGGCUCUUCAGUUAGGGUGCCAUUAGUGGAGACCAAUUUCUGUUGUAUUAUGAUAUUCUGUUGUAUACAGAAAUGAAAGAGAUAUUAGGUCUAUUUGACUUGCUACAUCAUGUAUAUUGUAUUGUCCAUUAAUUCUGUAUGUUUCUAAGAUGUGCUCUACUUUUCCUUUU